AUGACAACAGAGAAGGGCUCGGCGGCGGACGCCGAGGAGCGGGAGCAGCAGCGAGCGCAGGAGGAGGAGGAGGCCGAGGCGCAGAGCCCGGCGGGGCGGAAGGCGGCGGACGAGGAGCCGGGCAGGAAGGAGCGUCGCGCGUCCGAGGGCCGCGGCCUCUCCCGCCUCUUCUCCUCCUUCCUCCGGAGACCCAAGUCGCAGGCGUCCGAAGAGGAGGCCGAUGGCCCGAAGGAGGGCGAAGGAGAGCGGAAGGAGCCGCCCGUAGCAGCCGGUCCCGACGAGGAGCUGCUGGUGAAGGCCCCCAUCGCGGCGCCCGAGCCCGAGCUCAAGACCGACCCCUCGCUGGAUCUGCACUCGCUGAGCAGCGCGGAAACACAGCCCGCGCAGGAGGACAGAAAGGACGAGCAGGACCCCGACGGCAAAGACCUCCAAGGCAAGGAAGAAGGGGAAGUGAAGGACGAGGGCGCGAAACCCGAGCCCAGAAAGGAGACUCCGGAGCCAAAAGCAGACAAGGGUUUGAAAGCUACCCAGAGAGCUGUGAAAAGACACAGAAACAUGUACUGCAAAGUUGUCCUGCUGGAUGACACCAUCUUUGAGUGUUCUGUGGAUAAACACGCCAAGGGGCAGGAUCUACUUAAGAAGGUCUGUGACCACCUCAACCUCCUGGAGGAAGACUACUUUGGCUUGGCCAUAUGGGACACGCCGACCAUCAGGACGUGGCUGGAUCCUGCCAAAGAAAUAAAAAAGCAGGUUCAUGGAGCCCCCUGGGAUUUCACCUUCAAUGUCAAGUUUUAUCCGCCGGAUCCUGCCCAGCUCACAGAGGACAUAACGAGAUAUUACUUGUGUCUGCAGCUCAGACAAGACAUCCUGACGGGGCGGCUGCCUUGUUCCUUUGCGACUUUGGCUCUGCUGGGAUCUUACACGGUCCAGUCCGAGCUGGGAGACUACGAUCCCGAUCUACACAGUGCAGAUUACAUCACAGAAUUUAAACUGGCCCCAAACCAGACUAAAGAGCUUGAAGAGAAGGUUGUGGAGCUUCAUAAAACAUACAGGUAAGGUGAA